UUGCAAGAGAAAUGGCAGCAACAGCAGCGGCGGCAGAAUCGAAUAGGCUCAAUCGCCAGAACGAACUGGAAAGGCAGUCGCAAAGGACGCAAAAUGAUACGAUGCCCUUCUAUAGGCAGAAGUACCCGCAGUACCGAAUAGAGGGCGAUCGGUUAGCGACCUUUAAGGAGUGGCCCAAAUCGAUGCCACAAACACCCGAGCGGAUGGCUGAUGCGGGAUUUUUCUACACCGGCAAGAGUGAUGUGGUGGCGUGCUUUUACUGCGGUGGCAACCUGCGGGACUGGCUGGCCGAGGAUGACCCGUGGGUGGAGCAUGUGAGGAACUUUAGCGAAUGCCCGUACGUGAAGCUAGUGAAGACGCCCGAGUUCAUUGCGGAAUGUAGGGGGGAGAAGGUCACAAACAGUGCGCUCAUAGCCAGUUCGGAGCGUUCUGGACUUGGUAAUGUGAGCAAGGAUAAAGAGCAGGACGAAGUGUCGGAUGAAAAGUGUUGCAAAAUUUGUUUCACUCGACCAUUUGAUACGGUUUUCAUGCCGUGCGGACACGUGGUGGCAUGUGGCAGGUGUGCCGCCACUACUACCAAGUGUCCGAUGUGCAAUGAGCCGUAUACCAGCGUUCAGCGUAUAUAUUUUUCGUAAUUUCCCCCUUAACAACGGGUAGCAACGUUCUCAUCAAUCGUAUAGCAAUCAAGGGCGUGACACUUGACGUAUCGUAAAAGUACGUUACUAUCUGAAGAUAAGUUGCAAACCCAUGUAAGCCUUGGCGUUAUUUGCAGUCUCUCUAAUCUCGAAUGUAAGAUAAGAUUCCGUGAGGCUCUAUUUUGUCAUAAAUCGAUUGCGCUGGUUGACUCGACGCACUGAAACACUUUGUCGUUUUGCCGCUAAGGUUGACUAAAGCAAUACAUCCGUGACAAAAAUGGGGCAGCACAUCACAAAUCUAUCCUAUGUCGAGACUUGAGCGGGAACUGCCCUAAACGGAAUGCUUUGAAGUAGUGUUGAAUUGUGGAGCAAGGAGCAAUCUGAGCCAUAAAGUCUUAUGGCAGUAUGUUCGCAUACCACCCAUUACUACUUUAAUGCAUUCGCGAUGACUACAGGGGUUUGCAACCCAACCUACGGGAGCAAAUUUUACGAUUCGUUGUGUGUCAAUUCUAAGAUUGCGAACCUGAUGUAUGAAAACGUUGCCUAUGCCCGGGACUG